AUGUCCGGAUUUCGGUGGGCGAUUCUUGGUGCGCUGUGUUUGUGCUUGCGCAAGGCUCCGUCGUGGGUGUCCCCCUGGGCGUCACGGCCUACGAUGGGCAUCACGGCGGGUGCUCGAUCGGAGGGGAGCCGCCUGGCAAGGGGCGCGGUGAUGUCCCCACCGCCGCGGACGGCGCCGCCGGAGACCUCCGAGAAGCAGGCGUCCAAGAGCGGGGAGUGGUUGGAGUGCCUCAUUCAGCACGAGCACAAGGCUGACACCCAGAAGAAGCAUGCAGAGGUGUGGGUGCUCCGGCGCCGGCACUUCAACUUCUUCCGGCGCCUGCUGAUGCUGCGGGGCUUCCACGCCUUCUCCAGCACCAGCGAGCUGAAGUGCCGGGACCGGACCAUCGACGUGAGCAUGAACUGCGUGGAUUGCGUGCGGCUGCUCCAGGGCGGCUUCUACGGGCACAUGGGCGUGGCAGUGCCGGCACAUCCGCCCCAAUCCUCGGUGAAUGGGUGUUUGGCCUUGUCCCAGGCCUUGAACGUCUCAGCUCACCCCGCGGACGACCAGACCAGCGGGUCCUGGGACUCUGCCCGCACCAGCCAGUACGCCUUCUGCAACACCAUGAGUCAGCAGGCCGCGGCGAGACCGCCGCCUCUUUUUCGGCGCUUGACGCAAGGCCGAGAGGACGUGGGCGAGAAACUCGCCCAUCGCCGAUGGUUCAAGCCAGACGGCCCGUCGGCUCGUUGCCUCGUUUUCCAGCUUAACUUCGAGACCGCUCAGCUCCCCUCAAGGCUCCAGAUUAACUUUCAGGGCCCCGGUAAAAGCCUGGGUUCCACGUGGAUCUUGUUGGGCUUUGCCCUGGCCCAGGCUGCGGAGCUUUACAGGGCCCCGCCGAAGAAUCGCCGAAACAUGGCGGCCCAUGACUUCGAGCCUGGGGACCACAUCCAGCGCCGACGCUACGACCAUCACGCCAUCUUCGUGGCGUGGCAGGAAAACCCGGAGGGGUUCGUGGUGCACCACCCCAUCGGCAAGCGGACGAACCCGCUGCGGGGCAAAAUCCGCCACGAGGUGCGGAACUUGCGGGACUACACGCUGGCGCGGGCCCUGGCUGUGCAGCGCCCUUCGAACCCCGAUGAAGUCUUGCAGCGUGCCUUGUCACGGGUUGGGGAGAGCGGCUACAACUUGAUCUGGAAGAACUGCGAGCACUUCACGGAGUGGUGCAUGACAGGCCAACACCGGUCGAGGCAGGUCUUUGGAGCCCUGGUGGGCCUGCCCCAGGGCGCCUGCCUGGGUGCGGUGGUGGGAGCAGCGCUGGUGCCCGCGGCGACUUUGGGCGGCAGCCCGACUUUGGGCAAGUGGGCGGUCGCUAUGGGCCUCAUGGCGGCCCCUGUGAAGUGGCACUUCGUGGUGGGUGGCGUGUUGUGUGCAGCCCCAAUCGGCGCGGUGAUGGGCUUGGUGUCUAUCCGAAUGCUCGCACGGCUCCGCCGACCAGCUCUGGUGCGUCGAGAGUCCGCAUCAAUCCUGUCGCCCACGGUCAGUAUCGCUUGA